AAACACACAGUAAACAAAAUAAUGUGCAUUGCCAAUUAUUAUUGUAUGUAUUGAACACUAGUCCAAUAAAUAUACCCAUACUGUAAAAAAGUUGUUAUUUUGUGAAGAUCUGGGACUAAUUAAACUAGUACUACUAUCAGCUAAAGGUUGAAUCAUAUUGAACAAUGAGUGACAAUAAAGCUGGGGAGAACACUAGUGUGUUUAGUCCAGAGAAAACCCAGUAUUAUGAGGUCCACAAUAUAGUGGUCCCACACAUUGGACCAGUGCCUAUUGCCAAGGGAGACUUUCACAAACUUCCUAAAAAAGUACAGAAGUUCAUUGCAAAAUGGGUUGAUAUUUGUGCACCAAGAGCUUUAUACAUCUGUGAUGGUUCUAAAGAAGAAUCUGAUGAGAUCAUACACAAAUUGGUAGAAAGAGGUGUUCUUACAGAACUUAAAAAAUAUGAAAACUGCUUCUUGUGUAGAACUGACCCUGCUGAUGUUGCUAGAGUCGAGGCCAAGACCUGGAUAUCAACAGAACACAAGUUUGAUACAGUCCCCCAUGUAAGGGAAGGUGUCAAAGGUAUUUUGGGACAAUGGAUUGCACCACCAGACAUGGAAAAAGAGAUGAAUGACAGAUAUCCUGGCUGUAUGAAAGGCAGGACCAUGUUUGUGAUUCCGUUCAGUAUGGGACCUGUAGGAGGGCCAAUCAGUAAGAUUGGUAUACAGCUGACAGAUUCUAACUAUGUAUUGCUAUGUAUGAAUAUUAUGACUCGUGUAGCACCAAAAGUUUGGGAGACAUUAGGAGAUGGUGAAUUUGUCAAAUGUAUACACUCUGUUGGAUGUCCUAGACCAGUAGAAAGAAAGGUUGUUAACCAUUGGCCAUGUAAUCCCGAGAGAAUCAUGAUAGCCCACAGACCUGAACAGAGAGAAAUUAUGUCAUAUGGUAGUGGGUAUGGUGGAAACUCUCUUCUGGGAAAGAAAUGUUUUGCUCUAAGAAUAGCCAGUGUUAUAGCUAGAGAUGAAGGGUGGCUUGCAGAACAUAUGUUGAUUAUGGGACUUAAAAAUGACAAGACAGGUGAUGAAAAAUUCAUUUGUGCAGCUUUCCCCAGUGCUUGUGGUAAAACCAACUUAGCCAUGUUACAACCAUCUGUUCCUGGAUACACAGUCAGAGUAGUAGGUGAUGAUAUUGCAUGGUUAAAGUUUGACAAAGAGGGUACCUUGAGAGCCAUCAAUCCUGAGGCUGGAUUCUUUGGUGUAGCACCAGGUACAAACUUUAAAACCAAUCCGAAUGCCAUGAAGACAUUCCAGAAAAACUCUAUAUUUACCAAUGUAGCUGAGACUGCUGAUGGAGGAUUUUACUGGGAAGGCAUGGAAGAUGAAGUAGACAAGAACAUGAUGAUAACAACAUGGUUGAAUAAGAAAUGGCAGAUUGGAGCACCAGGAAAAGCAGCACAUCCUAAUUCCAGAUUUACAGCCCCAGCUAGCCAGUGUCCUAACAUACAUCCUGAUUGGGAGAAACCUGAGGGAGUACCUAUCUCAGCAAUUAUCUUUGGUGGAAGGAGACCUACAGGUGUACCAUUGGUGUUUGAGACUUUCAGUUGGCAGCAUGGAGUGUCUGUGGGAGCCUGUGUCAAGUCUGAAGCAACUGCAGCAGCUGAAUUCAAAGGAAAGAUGAUAAUGCACGAUCCAAUGGCUAUGAGGCCAUUUAUGGGGUACAACUUUGGAAAUUAUCUAAAGCACUGGUUGAAACUGGAAGCCAAACCACACAAGGUUCCUAAAAUCUUCCAUGUGAACUGGUUCCGGGUAGAUGAAGAAGGAGAAUUUCUGUGGCCAGGUUUUGGAGAUAAUAUCCGUGUAUUGGACUGGGUACUGAGAAGAUGUGCUGGAGAGGAAGGCAUUGCUGAGAAAACUCCUGUAGGGUAUAUACCCAAGAAAGAAUCAUUUAAUUUGACCAACCUUGGUGAUCUUAAAUGGGAUGAACUGUUCAGUAUUCCGAAGUACUAUUGGCUGGACGACAUAAGAGAGAGCAAAAGAUUCUUAGAAGAUCAAGUAGGAACAGAUGUACCACAAGUUAUCUGGGAUGAGCUGGAUGAACAAGAAAAGAGACUUAGGGAUCUACUGUAAAACAUUUUGUUGAUCAGGAGUCCAUAUCUUGCAAAUGUUUUGAGUCAAGGUUACUGAAGUGUUUGGUGACUUUUUCACAGCAGACGUUAUAUAGUUAGCAGAGUGGAGUGGUGAUAAUAAAUCAAAAUAUCUUAUUUGUUGUUAUUUGUUAUAGACAUAUAUUUUAUACACAUUGUUAAAGAUGCAAUACAAGUGCUUGUAGUAGAUAAAGACAUAUUUAUCAGAUUAAAUGUUGACUGUUAAGUAUAUGCAUGUUAUUUAGUAGUUCGAUACAAUUCUUAUCUUUAAAAUGUCUCAGACUUGGAUCAUUUCAUGUUGGAUCAUGUGAUCUAACAUGUAUUUGUUUAUUUAUUUCACACGUUGGCUGAAAAACAUAUCAACUUUUUAAUUAAGAGAGGAUAUUAAUUUGAAUAAUUGUGAAACCGAUUUUAAUUCUUCUUUUUUAAUAUUUUACUAUAAUCUGAAUUAUGAAAUGAAAAAAAUGAUACAUGUAGUUACAAAUGUUUUAAAAUGUUUGCAUAAUUCAAAGGUUUUCUCAUAUUUUUAUGUUUGACUUCAUGCAAUAGCAUAAUUUAGGGUGGUUUUUUUUAUAAGAAAGCCUGCCAAAUCUAAGCUUGAAUGUGUGGCAUUAUACUUUUAUGUUUUAUUUUUAGUACAGGUUUGUUUAAUGUCAUACAAGAGCUUACUAAAUGUGGCAUUAUGGAAUGUUACACCAUAUUUUUAUCCGUAGGAGUUUUAUAGGUUAUACUGUUAUAAGUAAUUUCAAGGUUUAUUGAUCAUAAUUGAAAUCCCAAGAGAUAAUCAUUGCAUAUCGGAUUGUUAAAUCCUUAGAUAUAGUUUAUCAAAUGGUGCUACAAUGUAUAAGUAUAAAAUUUACAAAUGACCAUUCCACUGAUUUUAUAAAGCUUAAGAUAUCAGUUUAGAUCCUUCUUUCUUUAAGAUUCUGAUAAUGGUUUAAGAUUUUUUUAUUUUUAUGAUAUUGGAUUAAAUUUUGCAUAUUCUUAGCAUUAUUCAAAUUUGACAUUUGUGUUCUUGGCUUUCUGGGAAUAAAUACAAUUUAUGGUAUUUUCAAAACUAUGAUUUUAUAGCUAAAGCUUUAAAAUAUAUACAGAAUAGCUAGCUUUUAAAAGCCAUUGUUUAAUGGUACACCAUUCUUGCAGUAUAUAUAGAU